AUGUCAAUCUCUCAAGUGUUAUCACCAAAGCCCAUUACUGGAACUAUUACAAUACGACAUCCAAGAACCAAAAAUCAUCCACACUUAUGCACUAUUUGUAAAGUUAAACAUUAUUCAACCAUACGUGACCUUACUCAACAUAAAAAUGCUAUUCAUAAAGAUUACAACAUAUUUCGAUCCGGAAGACAACUAAUUAAGUUUCCCUGUAUGGAAAGUCAAUUUGUCAGUGUUUUUGGAAGAUAUAUAAUGUGUUUUUUUCCAGCAAAAGGUACCUAUUCUUGUGUAUUCAAAGGUGAAAAUGCAGAUGACAUGUUGUCUGAGAUUCUUGGAAACCAACAAUGGGACACGAGAUAUUAUAAAGCCAGACAAUGUGCUUAUGUUGUCUUGUACAUGGAAGGUUGGGAUCAACAACAAUUGACUUCAACAUGA